AUGUAUAAAUUUCCAUAUCUACUGCGCUGCAUACAUAGAAGCUUCUAUUUCAGGCUGCGGAAAUGCCUGAAUCUUCUGUGUUCAUGCUCGCAAUUGUCUUUGUCGUAUUUCGAUUCCUCCUAUAGUUCACAGUUUAAAAUGGGAUCCAGAAAAGAUGAGGUAGCCUCGCCUCCAGCCAAAAACAACCAACCGCUAGACGACCAGACGCAAGACAACAGUAACCAGCCUGCUAUUGCUAUGACUCGGAUAGACAACUCUACGCAGCAUGUAGAUUCUAAGCAAGAGAACGAUAACCUAGAUUUAGGGCAAAAACCUCCGACCAUUAUUCCCUCGAAAACACCAAGCCGGCGUGUACAGAUUGAAACCCCAACCGAGCUACAAGUCGCAUCUUCCUCAAAAACACAGAUUCGAGGUUCACAUGGCGUUAUUGGCCGAGACGUAGGAAGCAAAGAUACUAUGACAUUGGAGACAUCAACCAGCAAUCAAGAGGUAUCGCCUCCUACGUUAGUGGCAAGUGCAACGACACCGUCUUCAGUGACCAUACCUGUCAAAAUUCACAACCGCGAAAGCCGCACAAUGGAAAACCCUGCAACUAGCCAUAAUACUCCUCCUGCAGCCCAAUAUCAUAUUAUGGGUCAAUCGGAUGACGGGCAGUUUUACGAGAGUUACAAAACAGAGAAUCAACUGAUUCCAUUCAGUAAACCUUCAAAAGACCAAAUUGUUGUUAUCUUUUUACCUCGUGUCACUGCUGUGGCAGAGAACGACAGCUUAAGAACAAUGUUGGAGAAACACUUUCUUAUUGACAGUUUCUUUCUCACCAAACGGGCCUACAAGGCCAAUGGUUUGUUUCGUGGACUUGAAACUUCUAAUUCCGUCAUUCUCUCCAGCUGCCGAUUUCUUGUCAAAGAAGUCAGCGAUAUGAUGGAGUCUGCAGAUAUGAAGAGGAUACGCGACCAGAUUCAAACCGCAUCCCAAGGAAAAAGUAUAGUCAAGGAGGAUGAACACGAUAUCAAGAGCGAGAUUACUGCUAAACCAGAGCGCUCCAAUGCAGAUAUCCUAGCCACAAUCACGUCCAAAUAUCCUAUGUGGAAGAUUCGGGAGUACAUUUUAUCAACACAAUAUUCCGAAACGACGGGGUACAAGUCGGUCAUCUAUGAACAACUGCAUGGUAAAAGGGAAUCGGAGAAUCCGCUUUGGCAUGCAAACGCCGAACGGACUGAAGCACAACUUCUUACAGACUACAGGAAUAUACCGGAACUUGCGAACAAAAGUGGACUUAAAGCGGAAAUCGAGGAGGCUACUCGCAUCGCCACGGAUUUUACUGUUUUUCUGACCAAUCUGGCUACGCCCAGGUCUCCAGCUGGUAUUAUCCAAUUAUUUGAGCCAGUGCCAUGGGUGGACCAUCGUUGUCUAUUACCACCAGGGUUACAAGCAAUGAUUGCCGCUGAAAAUGACGCAAAAAAGAAGCAAAAAAAGAAGGAUGAUAGUGGUGACCUGUGGCUUCUAUUGGAUGAGAUGGUUCUAAACGCUUUUCACAAUGUCAACUGCUUUCUCCACGAGCCAGAACAGCGCCAGACCGACAAAGAUGUUUCCCAAAAACCAAGAAAGCCUGUGAUGUCUAUGAAUAGAGGGACUAGUCUUAGCGUAGGCGAGGCUGCCGAAAAACAUCCAACCAUACCUCCAUAUUAUGCUGGUUCGUCUACGCAUAUUAAACACAUGUACCACUGGUUCUACUUUUACUUUUGGGCCAUGGAGUUUCAAAAGAACAACGCGCAGGUAUUGCUCUGCUUUGACGAUGGAAAUAGUCCCAAGAUCAAGUUCUUGAUUGAGCACAUAUUGAGAGACGCGGCGGGGAAGAGCCAGAGGCCAAGGAUUUGGGAUCUUGUUUUGGAACAAGUCGCUGGUAUUUACGAUACGGCGCUCUGGGGAUUCCGUUCGCCGGUUCGUAAUAUUGAAAGGCGUCGACAAGAGCAUGCGCUGAAGGUGCCGAGUGGAUCGUACAAUGCCAUGGACAAGAAGGCAGCAGAGCACCUCAAGCUGUAUUUUGACAUGCAUGAACUCUCAAGACAUCUGAUCCAUUCCCAAGAAACCCUUGCUGCCGCAGAAGCUACGUUUGCAGCCAUCAUGAAUCGCCAACGUCUCAAUAGCCAAUCUGGGGAUGCUGCAGAAUUUUGCCUCACGUUUGUUAAGAACCUUCGACUGCGAGCUGUAGCAUUUGUCGAUCGAUUAAACAAUGAAAUUUCACUGGCAUAUCACAUCAACAACGCAAAACAGCUGCAGCAUGUGCAAGGACUGCUCUACGAAAGCCGCAAUGAUGGACGCUAUAUAUCCAAGUUUGUUGGAAUCGUAUCUGUGGUAUUCCUUCCGGGUACCUUCUUCUCUGGCCUCUUCAGUAUGACAUUCUUUUCGUUUGAUACGGAGAAUGGCGCCUGGCGGGUCAACGAUUUGUGGUGGGUUUGGGCUGUGGCUAGUUUACCUUUGACGGCUGUGGGUAUAUGCUACAUUUAUUGGAAAUACGCCAAGUCUCAAAGGAUGUUGGCUUAACGUGUCAUUUUUUUUUCUUUUUCCUAGUCUUGAACACAAUACAAUUGAUAUUCGCCUGA